GCGACAGAGCAAUAAAGAAUCCACUUACAGAAUCUGCAGAUUCCUAUUCGAACUACAUCGAGCACAUGCCUUGGCUCGCCGUUCCCUUCCAGCAGUCCGGCAUCAGGACGGAAUUGGCUCAAUUCUACGGGAUCCGUGGCAUUCCCACCCUCCUCCUGCUGGACAGAAACGGACAUCUGAUAACAAUGGACGCCCGCACGGAACUCGUCGAAGACCCUCAGGCACAAAACUUUCCAUGGAAACCGCGGCUCGUGAACACCGUCACGGAACGGCUCUUCAUGAGCAAAAUGCACGAGUACUUGACUAUCAUAUUGUUAGUUGAUCCGGAGGAGGCGGACAUUCAAUUCGCGGAAUCAGUUCUUCUGCCCGUGGCGGAAUCGUAUUACAAGCAGCGCAACAUCGACUUUCCGAACACCGAGGAGGAAUGCCUUCAGUUCUACAUCGGCACCGAUUCGGACACGGACGACCUGAUCAGAGACCUGGUGAACGUCGACGAAGUGGUUCCUCUGCUCGUCGGCCUGGACAUCCCCAACAGACGAUACUUCCUGAUGGAUCCGCACUGCGAGUUGACGACGGCCAGCGUCGAGGAGUUCAUCGCAAAAUUCGAGAGCAACGACUGCAAGUUCAUAGACUUCGACGUCGAACGAUUCCCGAUCGACUAGUCCAAGUAAUCACUUGACAAGUACCGCGUGGCACUUACCCGUACACUUAGAUAGCAGUGAUCCCGUUAUUUUGUUUCUAUAGCGACGAUCGGAGACGCCUCCAGAUUUAGAUUCGUUCUCUUUUAUUCGUUGGCAUAUUUUGUAACCAUGGUGAAAUAAUAAUAAUUAAAGUUAAAUAAUCAUGUGACCUUAGAUUUGUAAUGUGAUCUCUUGUGUACUCUUCUCCAAUGCAAAAAAACAA